UUUACGCACGGAGAGAAACUAAAACGCGCUCACGCAUUUUGGUUUUGGUGUGGAUAAGCUUUCCUAAAGAAUGAUUCGAGAUCUGAGCAAGAUGUACCCUCCGGCGCGGCAUCCGGUGCCGCACCAGCCGGGUCAGCCCUUCAAGUUCACCGUCACCGAGUCCUGCGAACGCAUCAAGGAGGAGUUCCAGUUCCUGCAGGCUCAGUACCACAGCUUGAAGCUGGAAUGUGAAAAACUGGCCAGUGAGAAAACGGAGAUGCAGAGACACUACGUGAUGUACUACGAAAUGUCAUACGGGCUGAAUAUAGAGAUGCACAAACAGGCGGAGAUUGUCAAACGGCUGAACGCAAUCUGCGCCCAAGUCAUCCCUUUCCUCUCUCAAGAGCAUCAGCAGCAGGUGGUGCAGGCGGUGGAGAGAGCCAAGCAGGUCACCAUGGCUGAGCUCAACGCCAUUAUAGGACAGCAGCAGCUCCAGGCUCAGCACCUCUCCCACGGUCACGCCAUUCCAGUCCCGCUCACCCCGCAUCCAGCAGGCCUUCAGCCCCCUCUGCCCCCCGGAGCCAGUACUGCCAGCCUGCUGGCUCUGUCCUCCGCACUGAGCCACCAGCUGCCACUCAAAGAUGAUCGGAAACACCACGAAAACAACAGCGAGCACGCCAGAGACAGAGACUCAGUUAAGAGUUCAUCUGUGUCUCCGACUGCCAGUUUUCGAACCGGAGAAAAGCACCGGAGUUCAAGCGAUUUUUCAUCUGACAGCAAGAAGCAGAAGACGGAUGACAAGGAGCUGACCUCCACACGUUAUGAGAGUGAUGGAGAGAAGAGUGAUGAUAAUUUGGUCGUGGAUGUUUCCAAUGAGGAUCCUGCAUCCCCUCGAGGAAGUCCUGCCCACUCUCCACGGGAAAACGGAUUGGACAAAAGUCGUUUGUUGAAGAAAGACGCACCCCUGAGUCCUUCCUCCAUCGCCUCCUCCAGCAGCACACCGUCAUCCAAAUCCAAAGAGAUUAAUCUGAUCCAGAAUGAAAAAUCCACCACUCCCGUGUCCAAAUCAAGUACCCCAACGUCACGCUCUGAGGUCCCCACGCCCAGCAGCACCUCCACCCCUGGCCUGAGACCUACACCAAGCAAACCUACAGGAGCUGAGAUGCUGGCUUCUGGCCUUCGCACACCUCUUGCACUGCCGUGCUCGUACCCGGGUCCGUUUGGAAUGGUUCCCCACCCAGGUAUGAACGGAGAGCUGGGUGGAGCUGGAGCAGCAUAUACUGGCCUGCAUAACAUCUCCCCGCAGAUGAGCGCAGUAGCUGCUGCUGCCGUGGCAGCCUACGGACGCACGCAAGUGGUGGGAUUUGAUCCACACCACCACAUUCGUGUCCCAGGCCUUCCUCCCAACCUGUCGGGAAUUCCAGGUGGAAAGCCAGCUUACUCCUUUCAUGUGAGCGCUGAUGGACAAAUGCAACCUGUGCCUUUUCCUCCUGAUGCAUUGAUCGGCCCUGGCAUCCCACGCCAUGCUCGACAGAUCAAUACUCUGAGCCACGGAGAGGUGGUGUGCGCCGUUACCAUCAGUAACCCGACUCGUCAUGUUUACACUGGGGGCAAAGGCUGUGUGAAGGUGUGGGACAUCAGUCACCCAGGCAACAAAACCCCUGUUUCCCAACUGGACUGCCUUAACAGGGAUAACUACAUUCGUUCAUGUCGGCUGCUCCCGGAUGGUCGAACGCUCAUUGUUGGUGGCGAGGCGAGCACCUUGUCAAUUUGGGAUUUGGCGACACCAACUCCUCGGAUCAAAGCAGAACUUACUUCAUCAGCGCCAGCGUGUUAUGCUCUGGCCAUCAGCCCUGAUUCCAAAGUUUGCUUUUCCUGCUGCUCUGAUGGAAACAUAGCUGUCUGGGAUCUUCACAACCAGACGUUGGUCAGGCAGUUCCAGGGCCACACCGACGGGGCCAGCUGUAUAGACAUCUCCAAUGAUGGAACCAAGCUGUGGACUGGAGGCCUGGAUAACACUGUCCGCUCCUGGGAUCUGAGAGAGGGAAGACAGCUGCAACAGCAUGAUUUUACCUCCCAGAUCUUCUCCCUGGGUUAUUGCCCAACGGGUGAGUGGCUGGCGGUGGGGAUGGAGAACAGUAACGUGGAGGUUCUGCAUGUCACCAAACCUGACAAGUACCAGCUCCACCUGCAUGAAAGCUGUGUGCUGUCUCUCCGAUUUGCUCAUUGUGGAAAAUGGUUUGUGAGCACAGGAAAAGACAAUCUGCUCAACGCAUGGAGAACCCCAUAUGGAGCCAGCAUUUUUCAGUCAAAGGAGUCAUCCUCAGUGUUGAGCUGCGACAUCUCCAUAGAUGAUAAGUACAUUGUGACGGGCUCAGGGGACAAAAAAGCAACUGUCUAUGAAGUCAUCUACUAGAGAAGCUGCAAUCCAAUGUCCUCUUUGCAUCCGGGUGUGAAGUAUCCAUCAUCUGUGUACAAAUUUAAAUGUGUAUAAAAUUCAAGCAGAACAAACCAAACCCUUUCUUGGACCACGAUUGUUUAACUUCCUGGUCGUAGCUGGUUGUGGAUCAAAACGAACAAGUGGAACUAAGCACAGAGAUUAUUUUUCUUUUCUGUUAAUUGAGUUUAAGUGAUGUUUGGUUGUUUUGAGGAUAAACAAACGUCCAUGUGCACUGAGUUUGGCGUGACCAAAUAACAUUCCUUUAUGUAACAUUUCACACAAGCCUUUGCUAUACUUUUUUUUUUCAACAAACAGCUGUGAAACAAGUGUCUUUGUUUAUGUAUACAGUAUUUAUCUAUAUACUUUGUACAUAUUUGGCUUUAAACUUUAAGUGAGCUUGGUGCCUAAUCCCAGUUUUCUCUAAAAAAAAAAAAAAAAAAAAAAAAAAA